AUGGUCUCUCCGGCCAUCGCGCUGGCAUUCGUGCCCUUCGUGGUCACCCUGCUCAUUCGCUACCGCCACUACUUCCUGCUCUUCUACUGCGCGGUGCUGCUUCGGAGGCUGCGGGACUCCCUGACCGGCAUCCCCCGGGAGGAGAGGGCCUUCCACUAUGUCCUGACCCACGCCAUCCCUGGAGACCCUCUGCACAUCCUGGAGACCUUCGACCAGUGGAGCUACCACUGCGAGUAUCUCAGCAACCUGGGACCCCAGAAAGCAAAGAUCCUGGAGCGACUGAUCUAUGACAAAGCCCCCCUCACUGUUUUGGAGCUGGGGACCUACUGCGGCUACACCUCCAUCGUCAUUGCGCAAUCGCUACCCCUGGGCGCCCGGUUGUACACUGUGGAAAUGGACAUGGGCAAGGCGUCCGUGGCCGAGAAGGUGAUUCGGCUGGCUGGCUUUGAUGACGACAUGGUCGAGCUGAUCGUGGGCCCCUCCGAGGAGGUCAUCCCUCUGCUCAAAGAGACGUUUCUGCUGCCCCAAGUCCACCUGGUUGUCAUGAAUCACUGGAAGUGCUGCUACCUACGGGAUCUGCAGCUGCUGGAAGCUCACGGCCUCCUCCAGCCGGGGGCCACAGUCCUGGCAGACAAUGUCAUCUUCCCUGGGGCCCCCCAUUUCCUCCAGUACGUCAAGGCCUGCGGGAAGUACAAAUGGAGGGUGCACAGGACCAGCCUGCAGUACUUCCGGGGCAUUCCUGAUGGCAUGGCCCAGCUGACCUACCUGGGUCUGGAGUGA